CCAAGCAAGGUCCAUCUCAUAUGUACUCUAUUCUAAAGAUGUAUAUUACCUGUGAAAAACUUGACAUCAAAUCUACUGCUGAAAAUGUCAUCACCAAGUUUCUUGUUGAUGAAGGCAUUAUCGAUGACAGCUCACAUGAAAUACAGAUAUGGCUAAAACACUUAUACAACAAGAGUUUAGCUCCUGGACAAGAUGCAUUGCUUCAGUUCUUGGACUCUAUUUUCUUCUCUGUUGCUAUGGAGCCUUAUACCUACACUGACAUCGUCAUGGAGAUGACAUCACAGGCUUCCAUAGCAAAUAGAAUCACACCAUUUCAAGACAGUAUAGAUUCUUCAUCAAGGGUUGCUUUCAGUCCAUUAGUUGUCAGAGCGUUGAUGGCUCAUGUUGAAUCAGUUUCAUCAGAACAAGAUGGUUGCACUGCAACGCAACUUGGUUAUAUUGCACAGUACAUCAAYCUUGUYGUCCUCGACUUUUUUCAUGUCAUGGUGAAUCCKUUGCCUUUGCUGUUGACUAUACAGCGUUUCUAUGGAGAUAUGAGGUUGYCAGGGGAACUGUCAAUSUUGCAUARCACUCAUUAUUCUCUUUUMAAGUACGCCUCUAUAUGGAUUGGAAAUUUCAAUGAGAUGCAUGACAACAAAGAGGAAAAGAAGUCAACAAAGAAACUUCUGAAAUCCUUUUUGAAGAAGACAG